CUUCGGGAGAGAGUGCUGGAGGAAGUGGGCGGAGUCAUCUCUGAGCAAGAGUGAAAGUAAAACACUGCGCAGUAUUCAUUUCGAUUUAAACUCUACAGGAAUUCUGCAAAAUGAACUGCAAAAUAUUUGUAAAAGACGAAAGAGGAAAAAUAUUAUCAGUAGAUGUGGAUUCAGUGGAGGAGCUGAAGAACAUGACUGUUAAAGAGUUAAUAAGAAGAGUCCGUCCUGAUGAUGAAGAACAUGACGAGUGGAGAAUACUAUACGGAAACCAGAUACUGGACCAUGAUCGUACACUCGGCGAUUAUGGCGUAUCCAAUGGGUGUAUUAUACACAUGACUAAAUGUCUACGUGGAGGAGGAGGUCCACCUCCAGAUGAAGAUAAAGGAGUUCCCAGGACUGAGUCUAUGGAUAAACUGGCUGAUAUGCGGCAGGAGGAAUCCAGUGGAUCGUGUUGCAUUAUAUAAUUCAGUAAAUAUAAAAAUAUAUUAUAAAAAUAUAGAUACUGUGAUGUGAUCAGAUAAAGUGUGAUCUCACUGAAAUGUUCACAUAUAUUCUGUUCAGAUGUCUCACAGUAAAGUCUUUGAUAAUGAUCACACUGAACCAGAAACACUUGAUCUGAACUGCAGGAGAAACUCAAUAUUAAACAUUUAAUGAAGCUCCAUAAAGUUCACAGAGAAUAUAUGAGAACUUGAUUUCAAUACUUUGACAUUCUGAUAAAUAGUGAUGUCCAAAUGAAGCAAUGAACCAGUAUUGAACCACUUCAUCAAUAGUUUUGAAAAUGGGUUCAUUCAUUCAAAGCUUCGUUUCAGUGACAUCUAGUGGCGAAAUUGUAAAUAGCAAUAAUGUCUGUAUGAGUGUAAUUAGGGUUUGUGUGAAUGAUGUAAAUAAACUUUGAUUGAUUGGUUGUUCUACAACAAACCCACAUCUUGUGCAUCAGUUUGGCUGUCUAUAUAGUCAUAUUACGCGCCAAAAAAGCUGCUGAAGCGCGCGCGCAGCAAAGUCUCGCGUCACGAAGCCUCUCGCGACGCGAAGCAGUAUCGACUGGUCUGAACCAGUCACGUGAUUCACUCAGAGAACCGAAGCAGUUGCUGCUUCGGACGUCAUCGGUCACGUGUGUUUUUCCGCACCAAAGCAAGCUUCGAAGCAGUCGAGUUCGAAGCUUGUGUCGGAGCAUCGGUGUCAGACGGCCAUCACUACUGAUCACUAGAGUAACUUUACUACAGGAACAAAAACUAACUCUCGUUACAGUAUCAGUAGAGUUAGUAAUAAUUUGAUAUGUGGUUGUGAAUUGACACACUGAUCAGAUCACAGUAUCAAUAUAUUUAUGAUCAUUGUGUGAUUCUUAUUAUUGGUUUCUUUUUUAGUACAAAACCACCUUAAAAACAUUAAGCACAAUACAAAAGAGAGCUAACAAGUAGUAAACAAAGUUUAGGAUAUCAUGAGAAUACCAAUUUACUGUGUUUAAAAUUACACUUUAAAGUUUAAAGAUUUGGUAGAAAUUAAAAUUGCACAAAUUUUAAUUUCUUUUAUGUUAUUGAUUUGUACAUAUUUUUUUCUUUCGAGUUCGAAAUAAAGAUUUCAUUCAUUCUUUUAUAAAGGUGUGUAUAAAGGAUAUGUAUAUAUAUUUUAUAUAAGGACUAUUUAUAGUUUUUAGAGUGACUAAAUGCUUGUUUUCUCUCUGGAAGUGCUUUAAUAUUCAACUAAACUACAUAUUUUGUGUUAUUAGAGAACAUGAAUUGAAACACACUAACUUUGUGUUGACACUAAAAUGGACAGAAAUGAGUGUUUUUUUGUCAUUAAAGUGAAUAAAAAUGAGUGAUAUUUUAAGCUCAC